AUGAAGUACACAUUUAGACUCGCCCUUGUGGCACUCUCUGCUGGCAGCGUUAUUGCAUCGCCUCAUCAAUUAGAAGUUCGCCAAAAUGACAGCAACAUCGAGCUCUACGUCGACUCCAGCCUCCCAAACCACACAAUCUACUUCCCGACCGGCAUUCCUAUCGCCGACUCGAGCAAAUUUCCUGUUUUAAUCUGGGGCAACAGCGCAUGUAACAUUGAUGGAACUUCGAACCAAGGCUUCCUCAAGCAUGUAGCUGCGAACGGGUUCUUCGCCAUCGCCGAGGGCAUCAUGGCGCCAGACAACGUGGGGCAUGACGGGGCCCUGGCUAUGCAAGGCCCGUCCAACAACAUAACGAUGAAGCAGGCCAUUGACUGGAUUUACGAACACGCUGGAAAAGGCAGGUAUGCAAACGUGGAUGGAAGCAGGAUUAUGGCAGCGGGCUUCUCAUGUGGCGGGAUUGAGGCAGCUUUCAAUCUGCCUGACGACCGAGUUGCUACCGUCGGGAUUGUCAGCUCCGGUCUUUACUAUGAAGAUACGUUUUAUCUGGCAUCUACGUGGAAGAAGCCAGUUCUUUUCGUUAUGGGUGGCCCGAAGGACCAAGCAACGCCCAAUGCUGAACGCGACUUCAAAAAUAUUCCCGCUGGUACUCCUAAAUGGAAGGGAAUUCUGCCUCUCGGCCACGGCGGCGACCUUUUGCAACCCAACGGCGGAAUGUUUGGCAAGGCUGUGCUCGACUGGGCGCUGUGGAAUCUCAAGGGUUCUCAGGAUGCUGCUCAGUAUUUCAAGAGCGGAUGGCAGGCUGAUGGGUGGGAUGUGCAGUCUGCGGAUUUGGAUAAGCUGAAGCCAGUUGGAAGACGUCUUUAG